AUGGAUGUGGCACUUUGUAUAACACCAAAAAAGGGAGAUAUUUCCUUAUCGAAUAGAUAUUUUAAUCGUUUACGCCAAUUAUUAAUAGAUAAAAUAUUGGCGGUUAAAAAUAGAACCACUUCCGCAUCAGAUAAAAAUAGGCAAACAAAGACCUUUAUUCGAUUUAGUUCCGGGCCCCACGUGAUUUACCUGGGAUACUACUUCGCCUGUGGAUUUGUAGGAAAUAAUGAUCAUUGUUGUCAACAACCAGCUGCUGUCGUACUUUCACACAAUCGACGAAAAUGUAAUAAUCAUCUCCCGAGUUUUAUAAUACAUGGAGAUAAGAGUCGUCAAACUGGCAAAUUACCUCAAAACCCUAGUUUUUAUGUCCAUAAUCGUAGUUAUAUCCCUCAUAAUCACGCAAAAGAAGUUCAUUCAACACGAUUAGGUAUCUCAUACGACGUUAUUACACGUAAAUAUAAUGAAUGAAGAGGAAAACAUGAUUUUUAUCUUCAAAAUGUAAUGGAACCAACAUCUACAAAAACGAAGAAAGGUGUGGACACCUCGCGCAUGUACUACAAAGAAUAUCAUAACUUUGCACUGUAUGCUAACCGUACACAACAACAA